AUGGAAGAGUGGUCGUGUAUUGAGAGGCAAAUGAAGAACUGCAGAUGGAUUAUACACUUACAAAAAGAUACGAAAAGGCUUUUGAUCAUCUCCACAAUUUUCGCCACCCUCGAGCAUAUUUUAGCAAAGAUCCUCGGCCUGAUUAGUGUCAUGGAGUGUGACGGUUUUGAAUAUAUCAACCUAGCUUCGUUCUUUAAGUAUUUGCCUCAGUCGAGUGCCUUCAACAUCUUCAGACGUGGCAUUCUAUCAGACAUUAUUAAUUUGAUAGUUGACACUCAAUUGACCUUCUCCUGGACUUUCGUCCACGUGUUCCUGAUCAUCAUGUGCAAGGCAAUGACUAACGUGCUUAAACAAGUUACAGAAAAGAUCAAGAACGCAGCAAAAGCUGAAAUUGAAGCUGAACACGUUUGGAGGACUCUGAGAGAAGACUAUAAUCGAGUUAGCAGGCUAUGCAGAGUUAUGAACAAUAAACUGGACUUGCUGGUGCUGUUUUCGUUCUCCACAAAUUUAAUUUUUAUACUGUUACAAUUGUUCAACAGUUUGAGGCCGAUGAAGAAUAAUUUAGAAAGAGUUUACUUCUAUUAUUCAUUUGCUUUUGUUAUCCUCAGGGCUGUUUUUGUGUGUCUUUAUGGUGCAGAAAUUUAUGAGGAAGGGAGGAGACCUUUGGAGGUACUCAAUAAGGUCUCAGAUAAGAUAUACAACCAGGAAAUUGAAAGGUUGAUUCUACAGAUUGGAACAACUGAUAUUGCUUUAACUGGCAGAAGUUUUUUCAUUGUCACCAAAAGUUUAAUCUUAAAGAUCGCUGGGGCCAUCGUAUCUUAUGAAUUGGUUUUAAUCCAAUUUAAUGAGGAUUUCCUCAAAAACAUUUCAGAUAAAAGUGUAGUCUGUUCUACAUAA